CCAACCACUGACAGUUUCUUGGUAGCUUUAGCCCGGUAUUCUGUGCCUCCUUGGACCAAUUCGCUCGUCGGACUUCUAUAACGUGCACUCGUUGGACUCUGUGCAUCCUAUCGUCCUCGACAAGUCCUGCCAAUCAAGCCAGAACACCCUCAAAAGGUCUUCAUCCUUAACCCAAGUUACAUUGCUGCUACUUAAGAUUACUCUCAAGGGUAUUCCUCCUCGACUCAUUUAUUAGGUCUUCCUCCCACGGAUAAAAACCUCGGCAGCCUCUCCCCCCCCCCCAAGACACUUGUUAAGAUGCUGGCACUGAAAGUUCUCGUAGUGCUGACACUUGGCACUCUAGUCUCUUCGUCAGCCAUCCCUAUCUGGGAACUCCUCACUCGUCAGGAAAAGAUGGGUCGGCUGAUGUACGUGUUUAUUCACUUGGUCGACCAGUACUGCAAGGAUUCCAAUAUACCAGACUGUCGCAAAGUUCUCACUCUGUACGGCAUGUCUAACCUGCUCAACGAGGAGGACAAUUCACUAGAUUUCAUGGACCCUUACCAGAGCAACUCCCGAGGCAUCAUCUGGGACAGGGUCAUGAAGGGCGAUUUCAAGCUUCCUUCCUACAACACUUUCUACCCUGAGAGUGUUUCUGCUAGUGAUGAAGAUUAUGACCUAAUGAACGAGGUUCAGGACAGACCUUACUCCUCCUCCUUCGGAAGUCACAAGGUUGCCAAUGACCCUCAUCCCUACGCCGUACGUGUCCCUGCCCCUGCCAAAUUCACCUCAGCCCACGCCACAAGCAGUCACCCCUACGCCGUGCGUGUAGCGGCUCCCCCUCAAGUGGCAAGCCAGUCCUCAGGACCUGUAGGCAUCAAGGCCAGUGCCGACUUCGAGCCUAUGAUGACUGAGAGCCGCACUUCGACUUCCUUCAUCCGCCGCGUACUGCCAGGCCCAGCUGCUCCCAGGCUGGUACGCUACAGACGCAGUAUCUUCCCUGAAGAGCAGAUGAAAGAGGCGCUCUCGCAUGUCCUCAACAAGUGAAGAGUCUAUGCUUCAUCUACCCAGUACCUCCUCUCACCGCUGUUGCUAUACAGAGAUGGCCAGAGGUGUGUAUGAGUGUGUAACAAGACUCGACAGCCUCAUGAGUGUUGAGGUCCUCUGACCAGUGUUAAUGCUUUAAGACUCAGUCCAGAACGCUUCCUGAAGGACUACCCGUGUUCCAAUUGUGAGGCUUUUUAGAU